UCUCCGGCCAAAAGGUUUACUUUUGCAAUUAAAAUUGAUGGACUCACAUUUAUUACGGAUCUUAAAGAAAGAAUAUGGUCUAAAAAAAGAAACGCUUUAGCAAACGUUAAUGUUAGCCAACUCCGAUUAUGGAGAGUUAACAUCCCUGUUAACGAUGAAAAUAAAAUGAAUAUGUUAGACACAUCUCGCACAAAUAUUAACGUUAAAGAAGAACUAGAUGGAAUAGAAAUGUGCCCAGUAGAUCCUAUUUCUAAAUAUUUUGACGAACAAUACACUGGACCCUCCGUAGAGAACACAUGUAUAAAUAUCAUUGUGGAUAUAAAUAAUAAAGGGCCAGUCAAUUGGAAUAACAAUAAAUCAAUUUUUACUUGGUUACAAAAUUUGAAACGUUCGAAUGGAAUAAUAAAACAAAAGUUAGUGGAUACAUAUGGUGCUAAGUUCCCUUUACAGGGUCGAGAUGAGACGAUAGAAAAUUUAUUUAGAGGGACUUUUGUGACAAAUGGAAUUUGCGACAGGUUUAAACAACGUAAUACAACGGACAGAAACAAUCACCCUAUUCCUAUUUUGGUUAAUGGCCCAGGUGCUGGAAAAAGUCGAUUCCUUCAGGAACUGCCAACCUUAUUGUGUAAUCAUGUCCAGAAAUAUACAGAGGAUAAUUCCCUUAUAAAUUCAAUUAAAAACCGGAUGUUCUCUAUUAAUGUCACCUAUGGUAAUGAUACCGCUGCAUCAGAAGAGGAUGUGCGUAUUGGUGAAACGUCAGUUGCACUAAGAAUGCUUUAUGAACAUUUCAUUGUCGGAGGAUCAUAUGAUUAUAAAACAUUUAUAAGAGAGUGGGGUAAAUCUCAACUAUCAAUCAGUACUGCACUUGAUAUUAUUCUCAUGGAUGUCGAUGCUGAUAAGAACGAUGAUUAUAAAACCAAUUUCAUUAUUAUUGGAAUUGACGAACUAAAUAUCUUACAUAAUUUGUAUAGAAAAGAUUCAAAUUCACAUAAUCCUGUUCAGUUAAUUGUAUAUGCAGUUAAUUCCGGAACUAUUCAAGGUCCCCUGGAAGAAAUGGCUAGAGGAUCAACAUAUCUUCACUUAUACUUACCACUACGUCUUCUUCGAGAUGAAGAAGUUUGGAAUAUUAGUAAAAAUAUUGCAGAUACUGAAAAUCUAGCAGAAUACAUCAAUAGAAGUAUUUUCCGUCGAUGUAUUGGUGAUCUUGGCGGUCAAGUUCGGGCUCUAGAAAUAUUUUAUAUCGAAUUAUUGAAACAAGUAGAGUGUCAAACUAACUAUAUAGAUUAUAUACAUAUAAUGUUAAAUGUUAAGGAUGAACUAAUACAAAGAUAUCCAUUUAAAAGAUUCGCAAAUAUGAUAACACCAGCCAUUAUACGUGCCAUUCUUAACAUUCCUGUAAGAUCGUAUGAGAAUGCUAGCAACAAUGGACAGUUAACUUAUACUGAUCUUUCAUCACAUGGUAUUUUAAAUUUGGAACCAACACGUGAUGGCUUCUAUAAGGUUAUGAUUGAUCAAAAUCCGCAUGUUUACUGGCAAGAGUUUGAAGAUUUUAACAUGCGAUUCUGGACUUUACGUCUUCGGCUUCUAUCUUUCUUAAAUGAACCAAUAACAAUACAAGAGCUUUUUAGGGGUGCAUUUAAUUUCGGAUAUUAUUCAGAAUGCAUAUUUCAUCUCCCAACUGUAGACUCCAUUCAAUAUCAACAACUUAAUUUUCAAUAUCCUACCACGGAGCAGAAUUUACGCAUAUCACCCGGCAUAGUGUAUAAGAAUGGUGCUGGUGCUCCAUGGGAUCUCUUUUUUGUUCUAGACGAUUGCAUUUUUACCAUCCAGAUCAAAUCUUCAGAAGUCAUUGAUGAGAGGAUGUUAAAUACUGAAUACAAUAAAGUUAAGAAUGCAUUCAAUAUAUUGCAAAAUUCAUUUGAAGGAGAAUUCGUUAUUAAGAACUGGGUCCUCUUAAUAUGUACAAAUGGAUCAAGAACAGUAAAUUCUUUGAAUUCAUUACAAAAAAAUUGCUUCAUCGUAGAUUGUGAAAAUUUUAAGGAUUUUUACGGUUAUACAUUUUCCAGUCGUGCUGCGUUUUCUGCAGCUAAUGACACAAUAGAUGUUAACACUGCAGAGGUUUAUGAAUUAAAAACGAUUACAGGAAUAGGGGAGGAAACUGCGAAAGAUAUAUAUAAUAAAAGACCAUAUUGCGAUGAAAAUGAUCUAUAUAGUAAG